AUGAAGUCCAGCGUGACCCAACAAAGGAACCGCUUUCUGGCAACACAGGCCAUAUCGAGCCACCAGGUCUUUCAGGGCGCGAUCCUCUGGCUACCAGAGUGUCCCUGGUAUCAUCCCUCAAUCAAAGUGGACCAGAUGUUCCCUUCGAGAUGGCGUCCCUCGCACAAAACCUACAAACAUCCGAUUCUGGUGCUAAGCCGCCCUUCCCACGAUGACACCAAGAUCCACUUCGUCCUCUUGACCACUCUCGGUGCAUCGAAAGGCAGACCAAGAAAUCCUGAUCCCCAAAAGAUCAGCUCCUCGCACAACCAUCUGUACCUGCCUAUCGAACCGACCAAGCAUCGCGGCUGCUGCAAGGCCCUUGCCCGCUACAAAAAUGGUCUCACGUCGUCAAAGGAGGGCUACGUCUCCUUUGAAGCUGUGUACAGUAUGAAAUGGGUUGACGCAAAGCCUUAUUCAGAUUUCGCCAAUGAUAGGCCACCAGAACAGGGGCCUUGGGUCUUGGAGGAUGAUGCGAUGGGAGUUGUGCUGGAUUGGGCGUUUCAGCAUGAUCAUCUGGGCUACAAUCCUGGCGAGCAGUACUGGCUUGGUCCGGCCUCGACUCCUAUCGCGAACGUGAGCGGAGGACAAGGUCAACAGGAGCGGAGUCGGCCACAGUCGUUGAUAGCUCGUGUUGGCAGGAUAUUGUCGCAGGGCCGAGACAGCUUGCGAAUGUCGUAG